ACAUAUACCACAUAGCAGUCCGUUGCUUAGAUUACAUUGAUUUUGGAUCAAUCCAGGUGGCACCUUUUAUGCCUAGGAUAUGUGUUUGGAAAGGACAAAUGAUUAAGCAUUUCAGUGACAUGACCAUUGGAAAAGAUGGAAAAUAUGGACCUCUACGAAUAAAAAAAGAAAUAGAGACGUGCUAUAAAGAAGGAACAUGUGAGUGGGCAAGCACCAUCAAGAAUACAAAUUUUAGGAAAGCGAUUAAGAUUGCUGCAGGAAAUUUUUUGACUGACAAGGUCAAAGAAGAAAUAUUCAUUGCUUUUGAAAACAAAUGAGGGAUCAAGAUAUUAAUACCUGUAUGAAAGCAAAAGGGCUUGUGUUGGAGACAAUUCGGAUCAUAACAAAUGGGUCAUGCGAGUGAGGCAACACCGUUAAAGUGGGCUCUACUGGAACUGAGUUGAUCCCAAGUCAGGAAUGCAACAAAUCUGGAGACACUAUGAAGCUUAAUUCAAGCGACCAUGCGGACGAUAACGAUGGAGGAGAUAUUGUGGAAAUGAAUAAAAUAAAAAAGAAGGUUAUAACAAGCAGUCAGCAAUCUGAUGGGUCUCCGGCUUUCAAAACUAAUGCUGAGGAGCAAAAAAUCUUGCUGGGCACCCAGACCGACCUUCAAGCUGAAUGUAAAAAAGGAAAUGCCUGCUGUUUCAAGUAGUCAGCACUCUGUUGGGUCUUCCGUUUCAAAAAAUCAUGCCGUCAAGGGGAAAAUCUUGUUGCACAAGGAGACCAAUCCCUAAGAAGAAUGUAAAAAGGAAAUGGAUGUUUUAUCAUCGAGUCAACAGUCUGCUGGGUCUUUUACCUCAAAAAAUGAUGCUACAACAGGGAAAAAAUUGCUGCUUACCCAGGCCAACCAUGAAACAGAAUGUAAAAUGCAAAUACCUGUUACAGCCACAACAACUCUUGUUGAACUAAACCAAGUACAAGGAAGUAGAGCACAAAUAACUCAUUCACACAAAGAUGUUUUGAUCCACUACAAAAGAAAAAGAGGAGCUUCGCAAUCAAGUAGUGGACAACAAACUUUUUGUGCAAUCAAGCAGAAGAAGUCAUCUGAAGUCACUUUCAAUGUUAUCUCACAGAAUGAACCAAGGGAGAAAUGUGAGGAAGAACAAAAUUUUUGUAAUCAACAGGACAAGAGCAGCAGCUUCAACUACAUGCUUAACAUAGAUAGUAAAGAAGAUCACACUCGAAAUGUAGUACAUACUGUGAAAGAAGACAUACAUACAGAGCUCAUUCAGUCCAAAAUAAACGUCUCACAAUUGAAGCCAACAACAUUUUUUGGUUUUCAGAACACUCCUGUACAGGAAUUGGAUCCGAAUACCAACAAGUUCAUCGGGCGUCUGGAUAAUCGAAGUAUAGACAUUAAUGUACCACUGGAACCAGAGAGUGAUGAGAUCUUUCAAAGAGGAUACAAUAUGAUUAGUAAUUUUCUAGACAACGCAAGGGAAACAUAUUACUUUGUUGACGACAUCACCCCGUCAUUCAGGAUCUCUGAUGAUGUAGAUGAUUGUGCAAAUAUUAUUGAAGAACAUGAACUAUGGAGGCCCGUAGGAAUGAAAGAUGCGUGUUACAACAAAAACAUAGAGGAAGCAAAGUUCAAAAUCGCAAAAAACUUCAAGGAAAUACAGUCUAAAGAUUUUGAUGUUCAUCUCCAAGAUAAUACAAACCAAAAGGGAAGCAGUAGUUCGUUCAAGGUUAUAAGCAUUCAGUGUGCCCAGAGGGACCCACAAAGUUACCAGAUGUGCAAAACACCAAAACCUGCCAUACCAGAUGAGGAGAUUGUUGAUUUGGUAACACCUGAAGUCCAAGCAACAACGUUUUGGAAUCACAAGCAAACCUGCUACUCGCCAUGGAAAAGUAAUAGCCACAUGAAAACAGAAAGCCCCCCACUCAAAAUGAGGAAGCAAUACUACAAUGUACCAAUAGUAGGUAGAAGGUUAUUUGUUGAGGAAGAAAACUAUGACCAAGAUUCCAUCGAUAGCAAAGGAAAUGAAGUACAUUUCAUAGAAGAAAAAUCUCCAGGAGAGCUCAAAAUUUAUCGAGAUAGCAACUUCAGGGAACAAAGAAACACAAUGGUGAAUAGAACAGAUGAUAUUUACAAUACAAGUCUGUCGCUAGGAACGUCAAGCAGUUUCCGUGGAAAAGAAAAUUUACCACCAAAGAGGGUUAUUCAACCAAGCAGGUACCUCAGUUCUCCAUAUGAGUGUGAUGAUAGGGGUCCAAUAAUGCAACAUGAGUUAAAGAUGUACGAAAUCAUAACAUUUUUGGGUGAUGUUGAAGGCAUAGCAACCAAAGCAGUAGUUAACAUUGACAAAACAAUCGCCACAUACGGACAGCUCGGGAACUCAAUGAAAACAGAUGCUCGUGUUGAGUCAUACUUAUAAACGUGUACUGCAGGCAUCUAUUCAAUUCAAAUCAUCCUAGGAACUCACGAAAGCACUACUUCUUUCACACUGCAUCUGUAAGCAAACAUACAACUAUACUGUGAACUUCUUUUGACGUUUUUACUUUUUUUUAUUUUUUUCUGUCAUCAUUCUUAAUUAGUUAUUUUUUCUGUUAUUCUAAAAAUUCUAACCUUACACACAAUUUCAAAGGAAUAUUUUCUUGGAAAAU